AUGAUUCGACGUCCUCUAAGUUCAUUAAAACUUAAACAAACGGAUAUUGAAGAAAUGGAUGCAAACAUGUCUCGUGUUCAAAAACCAAAAGAAAGCACAACAAUUAGCGGUACAACAAGUGAAGCACACAAAGAGGGACAAACAGAAAGACAAGAUGAACCACAAAAAAUGGAUACUUCUGAAGAUUCUUGAAGAGAGAAGAUUGAGAGGAGAUUACUUGACAUCCUUUUUUAAAGUAAACAAAAAUACUCUAAAUAAUGGCAGACGUAGAUGAAGACCCAUAUGCAGUCAGUUCAGACUCUGACGAUGAAAACAGUAAAAAGCCUCCUCCCAAAAUUGCAAUUGAAGGCAGAACGGGCGAUUUAAAACAAAUUGUAAGUUUAAAUUAAUUUAGUAAAUCGGAAAAAAAUUUUGGAGUGAAAUUCUGCAAAAAUAAAAUUAUUGGUAGCCAGUGGGGUUCGAACCUUUGACCUUUACUCUUUAAAAAAGUAACGAUUUUCCAACUACACCACACUACACCUUGGGGGGAGUAAAUUAAUUUAGUAAAUUGAAAAAAAAAUUUUUGUAUGAA